AUGACGAUUGAACAGUGCAAGGAUGUUGAGAGUGGAGAAGCCCUUAAUGGGCUUCAGGAUUUGGAGGUGCCCUUGGUUCUAUCAGGGAAGGACGUUGAGUCUGAUUCUGAACAUGAUAAGGUGGAAAAUGGAUCCAAUGGAAUGGUCCUGUUCAGUACAUUUGUUGCUGUCUGUGGUUCCUUCGCAUUUGGAACUUGUGUGGGCUAUUCAGCACCCACUCAAGCAGCUAUCAGGGCAGAUCUAAAUUUGUCUCUUGCUGAGUUUUCCAUGUUUGGAUCUUUAGUCACUAUUGGUGCCAUGCUGGGAGCUAUAACAAGUGGGCGGAUCACUGAUUUUAUUGGACGGAAAGGGGCAAUGAGAAUUUCUGCAGGUUUUUGCAUUAUAGGAUGGUUAGCUGUCUUCUUCUCCAAGUGUUCUAGCUUUCUUGACAUGGGAAGAUUAUUCACUGGAUAUGGAAUUGGAGUUAUCUCAUACGUGGUCCCUGUAUAUAUAGCAGAAAUAGCACCGAAGAACCUGCGAGGAGGACUUGCAACAACAAAUCAGCUUAUGAUUGUUAUUGGAGCUUCAGUCUCCUUCUUGCUAGGAAGCGUCACAACUUGGAGAACACUAGCUCUUGCUGGGCUUGUGCCAUGCAUUUCAUUGCUGAUUGGUUUGUGCUUUAUACCUGAGUCACCCAGAUGGCUGGCAAAGGUUGGCCAAGAAAAGGAAUUUCAAGCAGCUUUAAGGAGACUUAGGGGAAAAGAUGUUGAUAUCUCUUAUGAAGCUUCUGAAAUUCUGGAAUAUAUUGAAACUCUUCAAAGCCUUCCCAAAACCCAGUUUCUAGAUUUGUUCCAAACCAAACACGUGCGCUCUGUAGUUAUUGGGGUAGGGCUAAUGGUAUGUCAACAACUUGUUGGAAUCAAUGGUAUCGGAUUCUACACGGCAGAGACUUUCGUAGCAGCUGGUUUUUCUUCAGGCAAAAUUGGCACCAUAGCCUACGCUUUUACUCAGGUUCCGUUGACCGUGGUUGGAGCCAUUUUGAUGGAUAAGUCUGGUAGAAGACCACUCAUCAUGAUUUCUGCAGCUGGGACAUUCUUAGGCUCCUUUAUGACAGGAGCUGCUUUCUUUCUCAAGGGUCAAAGCUUACUGCUUGGGUGGGUACCAAUAUUAGCUCUCGGUGGCAUACUGAUCUAUGUAGCAGCAUUCUCCAUUGGGUUGGGACCGGUUCCUUGGGUGAUAAUGUCUGAGGUCUUUCCCAUACACGUGAAGGGAACUGCUGGAAGCUUGGUGGUUUUGGUGAACUGGUUGGGAGCUUGGUUGGUUUCGUACACAUUCAACUUCCUCAUGAGUUGGAGUUCUCCUGGUACUUUAUUUCUGUAUGCUGGAUGUUCCCUCUUGACCAUUCUAUUUGUUGCAAAGUUAGUCCCAGAAACCAAAGGAAAAACUCUAGAAGAGAUUCAGGGAUGCAUCAAUUCAUAAAGGAAAAUGACUAAUUAAGAAAGAUUUGGAUGGGUAAAUUCAGGACUUUAGUGUCUCAACUAUCUCUGUCUUGUUGAAUUUUGACGGUGGAAACUCAAAGCAUAAAGAAGGAUAUCGCCAUGGCAGAAAGAUACUGUCCAGUGAUCACAGGAUCAUGUAUCAAAUUCUUUGAGCUUCAUUUGAUAAAGAUGGAGGAAAGCUUCAUAUAGGCUAGGAACCCAGAAAAUCAUAAAAUGCAGCUACCUUCAGGGCACAUGUGAGUUAUGGAUGAAUUUCAUUGAUGUAAUAAUGAGUGACAAGUUACUUGAAUUGAAUGUAUUCAUUUUAUCAUAUUAGUUUAUUAUUAAGAUUC